AGAUCGGUAACGACACGUAGUGGGACAUUUGCAAAUUUUCCGUUUCGCUCAGGACGUUUUUCCGGUUUUUACGAAAAGUUAUUGCGAGCUCGUUUGCGUCUCGCACCAGACGUCUCCUGGUGACACAGUGAUAUUCGACGUCCAACAUUUCAUCCGGAUAUUUUUCACGGUGGACCUUCGAUUGUGCGUAAUGGAGAGACAGAGAAAUUUGUUGCAGCCACGCAACGUAUACAAUCGCAGGAGCGGCGCGCGAUGCUGAGUUACGAUCCGUGGAUUUCGAUUUACGCGUGAUUUGAUUUAGCGAGCGAGUUGGAACGCGCGCGUGAUUUUCGACGUCGACAUUCGGGGAUUGAUCGUCCGCUUCUCGGUUAAUUGCUUUCCGAAAUUUCGUACACGUCGGCGCGCGUUUUAAUGGGCAAAUCGCAUCGUUCGCGUUCACGAGGAAUAUAGGAAUACUUUGCCGUGAGCGCGAAUUAUAAUCGGCGACGUCAUCCGCAAAUGCGAGCCACUUCGGGAGUGAAUUCCGGCGCCACUCCCGCUCGACGACGGUGUUACAGCUCGCUGAGAGAAAGGUCUCGCGUCGUUUGCGUCGUGUUUCCUGGAACAAGGGAGUAGAAGGAGAAUUCCCGUUACAAUUUCGUCGGUCGUUUCCGCGACUCCCGUGUGCUACAAGUGCAUUCGACGAUACAAAGGAGUCGUCGACGUCGCGCUCGAAGCGGCCGCGGCUCUCGAGAACGAGCUUUGUCGCUUCGGAUGAAAGUAAGACGGACAUCGUAAGAGGAUUUAGCUUUAUUGCUGCGGCGGAUCUUGAAGAAAGUGGAAGUUAACAGAAAGUGAGAGUCUUCUCUUCUCUUUUCAAAGAGAGAGAGAGAGAGAGAAAACCGUGACCGGUUCACAGCGCGUCGGCCGCCUGGCCAGUUACAUCGAUUGCGGGUCCAGGGACAGGUAUUUGUUCGGACAAUCACGCGUAUAAGCAAUUGCGUACCUUCGAGAAUUCAGGUUAAGGCGAACUUAUGGCUCUCGGAGUCGCGGGGCAUGAUCGACUGCGUGUUUACGUAAUAAUACGUGAUCAUUGAAAAUCGUCGGAGUCAUCGCUGCGAAUCGACGUCUGUGCAUUUACGUUAGAUACAUUAGAUACAUAAUUUUAUACCUGUGGUGAAUAUCAUGUUUUCUGACGAUAUACAUGUAACGAACAAGCAACCGGAAUAUAAUCUGCGAUCAACUGGAUUUCGAUAUAAUCAUAACACUUUCAUUUCACACAUUUUUACACGCUAUAUGUAUUUUGAAGUAGAAAAAAAACAGGAUCAAAUUUUUUUCAAUCUCAUUACGUUCGAAUUUGUUCCCCAAUAAAUAAAAUCCGCUCGAUAUUUCAUGCUUUUCCAGAUGUAAUUCUCUAUCUCUGUGGAUUUGUUGACAUCAUUUUAUCAGACUUGCGUCUGAUAGGAUUGUUAGGAGGUUGACAACAAGUUAUCGGGUUAUCCUAGUCCAGCGCCUUGCUGAAAUCAACAUGGACACCAGUACGAUGCGUUUGGUGAUAUUCAUAGGCAUGUUUCUGGUUUUCGCUGGGGAUUAUAGCGCGUUAAUUGCCUCAAUUUUCGGUAACACUACGGAGAAGAACAUAACUGAUACUAUAAAAGAACCAGAGGCUCAGCUCAGAGGGCCCGAUGAAAAGGCGCCCGUUGUCUCGAAAGCAGACGUCGAUAAGAAUAACGUUGCCUUACGCCGUGCGAAGAUGAUGGCGACGAUCAAAACUGCUUGCUUGCCGAAGCUAAUAUGCGAACUCACCAAAUCCGUUCACCCAGACCAACUAAGUGAAAUGGAGCGAUCUCUUUUGAAUCUUAUAAGGGAUACAAGUCUGAGUACUUUGGCGGAAGUGCCGUCGAGGUACCACUUCGCGGCUCACAUGGGUCAACUGAUUUCUGGUAUAGAAGGUCAAGGCUGUCAUAACUUUUACCCGACGUGCCCGUUGCCGGGGAUCAGCGUUCUGAACAUGAUGAAGAAGGUUCGUUUACAGCGAUGAGCCGUGACCACCGUAACCGUCGCAAUCGACGAAUACUAAACCUGUGAUACUGUGGAUGCUUGUUUUUUGCUCGCACUCGGGAGAUUGCUAGCAUCGAAAAUUCAAUUCGCGCGAUCAGCGAUGAAUCGCGUUUUUGGCGAUGUAACAUGCCAACGGUGCGCAAGCACUUUCAUGAUAAUUAUUACCGAGGAAAAAAAUGACAAUGUUCUGCGACAUUAAAAAUAUUAUUUAGAUCAUAAAGGAAAAGUUCUAGUUUGUAAAUUGAAUUCCUAAAUUGUUGAGUAUUUGAACUAAUAUUGUUAAUGUCUAAUUUUUUUUUAUCUCAAAAAGUUGUUCCGCCAGAUUUUGCAAUUGAUGUGUAGUUAUUUACUUUUGUAAAUUUAAAAAGUGACACAUUUGUGCUCAAUAUUACUAUUGGCUUGUUAAUAAGUACUCAUGUCUCGCUUUUAUGUAUUUCUGUCACUCAUUUCUGAUACGUCAGCGAGUAGAAUGAUUUUCGCACAUACACAAUCGCUUAUUUUUAUUGUGACUUUGUAUUGUUACUUUGUACAUAUUACCAUCUUUUAAUAAGAAGCAACAACAAUAAAUUGCAACUUCAAAACACUGAAUAUUCUCGUUUUCCGAUUA